CCUUUUCUAUUUAUAGAAAUAUUUUGGUGAACUUUGGCCUUGGUGUUUGUGUAGGACAACAUUUCUGGGGCAGAAUAAAUGCAACGCAGUCUGCUUAUUUUCCACCCAAAAUACUGUUGGAUAUUCAUGUGUGGCAAAAUUACACUAUGACAAAUAUGCAUAAGUUAUUUUGGUCAAUUUGUACUUGUAAUCGACCUUUUCAAACCCUCAACAAUAAUAAAUCUUUCUUGAAUGUUGUGAAGAUAUUUUCAAUUUCGAACCACUACUUUCACUUUAGAGAUUAUUCAUUGUGGAAGGUGGAUCUACCAAAAGAAGCCACUAAACCAUUUCCAGUUUUAGAUGGUACUAUUACAAAAUGUGAUCAAUUUGAAAGAAAUAGAGAAGCGUAUAAAGUAAAAGAGAGUCACUAUAAUAACAUAUUAGAAUUGACUUUAAAAGGGGGUGGCGAGAAGGCCAUUGAAAGACAUGUAAAGAAACAGAAGAAAAUGCUUGUAAAUGAUCGAAUUAAAAGUUUACUAGACAAUAAAAGUCAGUUCCUGGAGUUAUCAACAAUUGGUGGUAUGGGUAUGAAAUAUGGAAACGUUCCAAGGACAGGCAUUGUAACAGGUAUUGGUAAAAUACACAAUAAAUAUUGUAUGAUUAUAGCUAAUGAUGCAACUGUAAAAGGUGGUUCAGUUUAUCCCAUUACAUUGAAGAAACAGUUGCGUGCUCAAGAAAUAGCAGAACAGAACAGACUUCCUUGCUUUUAUAUUGUGGAAUCGGGUGGAGCAUUUUUACCUCUUCAGUCUGAGAUAUUUCCUGAUAAAAAUCAAGGUGGAAGAACAUUUUAUAAUGAAGCUGUCAUGUCUGCUCAGAACAUUCCUCAGGUUGCGAUAGUAUGUGGUAGUUGUACUGCAGGAGGUGCCUAUAUACCUACUAUGGCAGAUGAAGCUGUAAUUGUACAUAAAAACGGUACAAUAUUUCUAGCAGGACCACCAUUAGUACAGGCUGCUCUAGGAGAAAUUAUUUCUGCUGAGGAACUUGGUGGAGCUACUUUACAUUGUAGGACAAGUGGUUGUACAGAUUAUUUUGCUGGAACAGAGAAAGAAGCUUUUGAGAUAGGACGGGAUAUAAUGGUUGGUUUAAAUGUAGAAGAUAAAUCUAAUGUAUCGAGUUGUAUAGAUAUUGAGGAACCUAUCUAUGAUGUAAAUGAUAUAUGUGGAUUAAUACCUCAUCAACAUCAACAUCAACUAGACAUAUACCAGAUUAUUGCAAGAAUUGUUGAUGGAAGCCGAUUUCAGGAAUUUAAAAAGUUAUAUGGAAAAAAUCUAGUCUGUGGUUUUUCUUACUUAAAUGGGUAUCUUGUUGGAAUAAUUGGAAAUCAAGGAGAGAUAACCCAAAUGUCUGCUUUAAAAGGAAGCCAUUUUGUAUCUUUGUGUUCAGAAAGAAAUAUCCCUUUAAUCUUCUUGCAAAAUACAUCAUCUACAGAAGAAGAACUUAAUGGUGUGGAGAUGAGUGAGAAGUUAAAAGCAUGUGGUAAAUUAAUGGCCGCAGUGAGUUGUUCUACUGUGCCUAAACUAACGGUUAGAAUUGGUAAUGGAUUGGGUACUUCACAACACAUGAUGGGAGGAAGAUGUAUCAAUCCUAAUUUUAUUUUUAGUUGGCCUAAUGCAAUUUUAGGUAUAAUGUCACCAAGUCUCUUAGCAGAAGAAUUAUCUAAGAAUGUAUUGUCUGACCUUUCUGUAGACGAAAUAAAUUUAAAGAAGCAGGAAUUGGUGGUUAAAUUAACCAAUGAAAUGUCGGCAAUUUAUACCUCUGCUCAUCUACUAGACGAUGGUAUCAUCAAACCAGAUGAAACAAGAAAGAUAUUAGGUGAAUGUCUACAAAUAGUCCAGGCUUACCAGACACACAGUAGGCCUACAACAAAUUAUCCAGUUUUUAGAAUGUGAUCAAAUGCAUCUGCCUACCUAAUCAUGAGAUCAAAUGAUUUGUCUAAAUAUGCAACCAUUAACAGAAGAACAUACUACAGGGAAACCCAAAUUGGGUCUUUCCAUCUAUCCAUCCUUUUGUCACUCAUGUUUGAAAUGGGAUAACUGUAUGUGUAAUGCAUGGAUUUUGUAAUGUGAGUACAUGUCAUAAUAGAUCACAAUAUCAAUGCUAUCUGCACAUGUUUAAUGGUAAAUGUGUGUGUAAUUUAUCCUUGGACAGGAGACCACAGCAAUUGUCAUAAAUGCAAGUGAAGCUGGGUGACCAUAGCAUAUGUCAUACAUGCAAGUGAAGUUUUGAUUAACAUUUGUGCCCUAUCAAGUUUUGCGAGGUGGGGAUUUCUAAUUGGUAUAUAUUAUAUAAUAAUAUAUUUGUAAUUUAUUUUAUUAAAACAAUUUUUUUUAAACUCCCCAGCUUUAUGUGAUCUUUCUCAGAAUAUCAAACAGAAUUUGGUAAAGAGAAUGAUUAUUUUAAUAUCUGGAAUUAAUUAAAUGCUCAUAGUGCCAGAUGGGUUGGGUACUAUUUUAGACACAAUGGUCAUGGACAGAAAAAAGAUGGAAGAAGGAAGUUUAAAUACCAAUAUCUUAAAGAGGCAUUAUGCAAGAGCUAAAUUUGCCUAUGGCAGGUCUAUUUUUAGGCCUUAAAUGUUAAAUAAACUAUUUAUUAACAUGACAAGACCAUAAUCAACCCUUGAUACCAUCAGAUGGGUUUGAUUUUAAGUAGAUUAGAAUGGUUCGGCCAUUUAAUGAUUUAAUUAUCUUGUCUCCGAAUAAAGUAAUUUGAAUGAA